AUGAUUUCCAACAACCUUAAAAGAGCAGGGUAUCGAUCAUUACAUACUAGCAGUCAAAAGACUGUAUUGUAUGGUUGGGGUCAGACACAAGCAUUGCCAUUAGCAAAGGGUCACUUGGAUCGAGUACUUCCACAACCUACCAAUUUACAAAAAGAACACGAUUAUGCAUUGCCUAAAGAUCAGUCAGUGACACAUGCAAGUAGUGGAUGGGGUCAUUCAUUAUUAAGAACGCAAGAUAACAGCGUAUAUGCAUUUGGAUUGAACCAAAGUGGACAAUUGGGUACUCGUGCGGUGGGCACUCAUAAAGUGAAUGUAAACAAUACUGUCAAAUUACUCUCGUGUGGACGGGAGCAUUCACAUGUAGUAACAGAGAACAAAGAAAAUGGAGGCACACAACUUUACUCCUUUGGCAACAACAUGUAUGGUCAGUUGGGAUUAAGGAAAAACAAAAACACAACCCCUGGGCAGUUCAUCAAAGAAGAAGAACCCAAGCUGGUUGAUUUCCCGGAUAAGAUAACGCACAUCACAAGUGGGCUUGAUAAUACUAUAUUUGCAACUAGCAAGGGUACACUUUAUGGUAUGGGUUGGAGUGCUGACGGACAGUUGGGACAAGGCAAAGACGAUAAGGAUGUGCCAUCUCCAUUGCGAUUGAGUCUUGAGGUGAAGAAGUUAUCGAGCUCUACGGAUUUUACUCUGGUGUUGGAUGUCAAUGGCAAAUUAUGGACUUGGGGUAAUUCGGAAUAUGGACAAGGCGUUCAGGGAAAGGUGAUCGAUAGAAUCUUGGAACCAUUGCAAAUUACAAAUGUGGAGGGGCAAGUAGUGGACAUGGCAGCUGGCGGUCCAUUUUCUGUGUUGCUCACAAAAGAUGGAAAUGUGUAUACUUGUGGUUACGGCGCUUUAGGGCUAGGGAAAGACAAAAUUCAGACAUUGGAGAGUACGCAGGUCAAAGGCUUAUCCAACGUUACCAAAGUUUUUGCAGCCACAGACUAUGCGGCAGCAAUUACAGCGACUGGGGAGCUCUACACAUGGGGAUUGAACGGACCUAGCUGUCGAUUAGGCACCGGCAACUCUCAACAUGCAUUUGAGCCAGUUCGUGUAAAUAUAGAUAGAGAGGUGAUGGACUUGUCCCUUGGCACAAACCAUGCAUUUGCUGUAUGUGCCGCAUGA